AUGUCAAGCUCUGCGCUUUACAUCAACUUGAUACUGGAAGCAGCGCACAAAAGCUGCUCCGGGUCCAGGAUCAUCAGACAUUCAGUGCUGUGUCCGCAGCGACGCCGCGGCGGUGGUGGUUUAGGAGGAAUGAGCCCGCAAUCCGAGCAGCCCAACAUCAUCGACUUCAUCCAGUCGUUUAAAGGAUUCCCUGGGAUACCGUACGAGGAUGUUGCUGAAUAUGCACCGAGAGCUACGGUCAUCUCUGUUCGACCUCCGGACGUACUGAGCUCGCGUGUUUGUGUCCUAUUAGCACCACACAAGGAGAGCAAUUGCUCGCGCGUGAUGUUYGAGUGGGAUUGUGCAACCCAUUACAUCCUGGAAAGAUCGCUAGCCGCUCCAAAGAAUCUCKAAGUCUGUCUCAGCGACGCCAUCUCUGGUGUUCGCCUGAAAGCCAGUCAAUUUGGCGCUCUGAUUUGGUGGUAUUUCAAUGUUGGAUGUGGAAACAUGCAGUCAUCGAACCUCAUUCGCAAACUCAACGCUAGGAGGAUCCAAACACCGUUGCUCCGCGGGAGAUUCCAAAGUGGAAUAAGGCUGGUGGUGAGGCGGUCACUGGACUCGCAAGGCGGCGUUCGGAUGAAGUCCAGCUGUUCCAGACUUGGGCGCAGACAACGCAAACGUGGAAGGCCCGGUGAAAUUGAAAGUCGCCGGCUCUCCUUGCAGUGA